CAAAAACACUUCCAGAACCAAAAUGUGGGUAAAAACUUGAAAGGUAUCCUUACAACAGAAAACAUGUUAACUAUAGAUAAUUCAGCAAAUAAUAAAGACGUAUCUAUCUACGGUUCAUCAGGGUGGAGAGAACCCCCUCGUCAAGUCUCCCCCCUCCUCUGCAACUAACUCUACCACGAAAAACCCUCACAACACCACCUACCUGAGAUUUAUCACUGAGACCCGGUCCAGACUGCUGGGUGUGUUCUCUCAGAUGUCCGCUAGGGGGAGCAUGCGGAGGAGGCCGAAGCCCCUGCUUUCUCUAGCUCAGACCCAACGCCUACACGAACUUCCGGCCCUGUUCAGUUCCGCUUCCGGGGAAAUGUACGGGCUGUUGUACGCGUUUCUUGUGGGACUGUGAAGGCUGAGGACCUACUGGCUGGCUGGCCCUUGCUUCGGGGAAUUAGGCAGCCGUGGCUGCCUGUUACGGGAAGUGUAUCGGGUUCACCGUUCCUCCUACGGACCUUUCCUUACCACUGGAGCGUAGUAAGAGUGCUGCCAUGGCGGCCCCUGCUCAGCCCAAGAAAAUCGUGGCUCCUACUGUGUCCCAGAUCAACGCGGAGUUCGUAACGCAGUUAGCAUGUAAAUACUGGGCUCCGCAUAUCAAGAAAAAAUCACCUUUUGAUAUAAAGGUCAUUGAAGAUAUAUAUGAAAAAGAGAUUGUCAAAUCGAGGUUUGCCAUCAGAAAGAUAAUGCUCUUGGAAUUUAGCCAGUAUCUUGAAAAUUACCUCUGGAUGAAUUAUUCUCCAGAGGUGUCCAGCAAGGCCUAUUUAAUGUCAAUCUGCUGUAUGGUGAAUGAGAAAUUCAGAGAAAAUGUCCCUGCAUGGGAGACUUUUAAGAAGAAGCCAGAUCACUUCCCAUUUUUUUUUAAGUGUAUCUUGAAAGCAGCAUUAGCUGAAACUGAUGGUGAAUUUUCACUCCAUGAACAGACGGUCUUACUGCUUUUUCUUGAUCAUUGCUUCAAUAGUUUGGAAGUAGACUUGAUACGGAGUCAAGUGCAGCAGCUUAUCUCCCUCCCAAUGUGGAUGGGCUUACAGCCGGCACGAUUGGAAUUAGAAUUAAAAAAAACCCCUAAGCUAAGAAAAUUUUGGAACUUGAUUAAAAAGAAUGAUGAAAAGAUGGAUCCAGAAGCAAGAGAACAAGCCUACCAAGAAAGAAGAUUCCUUUCACAACUCAUCCAGAAGUUUAUCUCUGUGUUGAAAUCAGUGCCACCUUCUGAACCUGUCACUAUGGACAAAGUUCAUUACUGUGAAAGAUUCAUUGAACUUAUGAUUGAUCUGGAGGCCCUCCUCCCCACAAGGCGCUGGUUUAAUACCAUUCUGGAUGACUCUCACCUUUUGGUUCACUGUUACCUUUCCAAUCUUGUUCAUAGAGAAGAGGAUGGGCAUCUUUUUUCCCAGCUUUUGGACAUGCUUAAGUUCUAUACUGGUUUUGAGAUUAACGACCAGACUGGGAACGCUCUGACAGAGAAUGAGAUGACCACAAUUCACUAUGACAGAAUCACUUCUCUCCAGAGAGCUGCCUUUGCACAUUUCCCUGAACUCUAUGAUUUUGCACUCUCAAAUGUGGCAGAAGUAGAUACUCGGGAAUCUUUGGUCAAGUUUUUUGGACCACUUAGUUCAAAUACACUCCACCAGGUGGCAUCAUACCUCUGCUUGUUACCAACUCUUCCAAAAAAUGAAGACACAACUUUUGAUAAAGAAUUUCUUCUAGAAUUGCUGGUAUCUCGUCACGAACGUCGAAUUUCUCAGAUUCAGCAGUUGAACCAGAUGCCUUUGUAUCCAACUGAGAAAAUCAUUUGGGAUGAAAAUAUUGUCCCAACUGAAUACUAUUCUGGGGAAGGUUGUCUUGCUCUUCCCAAGUUGAAUUUGCAAUUUUUGACUCUCCAUGAUUACCUUCUAAGGAACUUUAAUCUCUUCCGCUUAGAAUCAACUUACGAAAUUAGGCAGGACAUCGAGGAUAGUGUCAGCAGAAUGAAGCCAUGGCAGUCUGAGUAUGGUGGUGUAGUGUUUGGUGGCUGGGCACGAAUGGCCCAGCCUAUUGUCGCUUUCACUGUGGUUGAGGUUGCCAAGCCCAACAUAGGUGAAAACUGGCCAACCCGAGUUCGUGCGGAUGUUACCAUCAAUCUGAAUGUCAGAGACCAUAUCAAAGAUGAAUGGGAAGGUCUUCGUAAGCAUGAUGUCUGUUUUUUAAUUACCGUGCGUCCCACAAAACCGUAUGGUACCAAGUUUGACCGGAGGAGACCUUUUAUUGAGCAGAUUGGCCUGGUUUAUGUCAGAGGCUGUGAAAUCCAGGGCAUGCUAGAUGAUAAAGGGCGUGUCAUUGAAGACGGACCUGAGCCAAGACCCAAUCUUAGAGGAGAGUCAAGGACAUUUAGAGUGUUUUUGGAUCCAAACCAGUAUCAACAAGAUAUGACCAAUACUAUACAAAAUGGAGCAGAAGAUGUGUAUGAAACUUUCAAUAUCAUAAUGAGGAGAAAGCCAAAGGAAAAUAACUUUAAGGCUGUGCUGGAGACCAUUCGGAACCUGAUGAAUACUGAUUGCGUGGUACCUGACUGGCUGCAUGACAUCAUUUUAGGUUAUGGGGAUCCAAGUAGUGCACAUUAUUCAAAAAUGCCCAAUCAGAUUGCCACUCUUGAUUUCAAUGAUACGUUUCUUUCCAUUGACCAUUUAAAAAGCAGCUUUCCCGGUCAUAAUGUCAAAGUAACUGUGGAUGACCCAGCUCUGCAGAUCCCGCCUUUCAGGAUAACCUUUCCAGUAAGGAGUGGAAAAGGAAAGAAAAGGAAAGAUACAGAUGGUGAAGAUGAAGACUCCGAAGAGGCAAAAAACUUAAUUGUUGAACCUCAUGUCAUUCCCAAUAGGGGCCCUUAUCCUUAUAACCAACCCAAACGUAAUACAAUUCAGUUCACUCACACACAGAUAGAGGCCAUCCGUGCUGGAAUGCAGCCUGGGCUAACUAUGGUUGUGGGUCCACCAGGUACUGGAAAAACAGAUGUGGCAGUCCAGAUCAUAUCCAACAUCUACCAUAAUUUCCCAGAGCAGAGGACUUUGAUUGUUACUCAUUCUAAUCAGGCCUUGAACCAGUUGUUUGAGAAGAUCAUGGCUCUAGACAUUGAUGAGCGCCACCUGCUGCGUCUCGGUCAUGGAGAAGAAGAGCUGGAGACAGAGAAAGAUUUCAGCAGGUAUGGAAGAGUUAAUUAUGUCCUGGCUCGAAGAAUAGAACUUUUAGAAGAAGUCAAACGCUUGCAAAAGAGUCUAGGGGUUCCAGGAGAUGCUUCAUAUACUUGUGAAACUGCAGGCUAUUUCUUCUUAUAUCAGGUCAUGUCUCGUUGGGAAGAAUAUAUCAGCAAAGUGAAAAAUAAAGGUAAUACACUGCCAGAUGUCACGGAAGUCUCCACUUUCUUCCCUUUUCAUGAAUACUUUGCAAAUGCCCCUCAACCCAUUUUUAAAGGCCGAUCUUAUGAAGAAGACAUGGAAAUUGCUGAAGGAUGUUUCAGGCACAUUAAGAAAAUCUUUACUCAGCUUGAGGAAUUCAGAGCUUCUGAACUGCUUCGAAGUGGACUGGACAGAUCUAAAUACCUUUUGGUGAAAGAAGCCAAAAUCAUUGCUAUGACCUGUACUCAUGCUGCCUUAAAACGACAUGAUUUAGUCAAGCUAGGUUUCAAGUAUGACAACAUUUUAAUGGAAGAGGCUGCGCAGAUUCUGGAGAUAGAAACUUUUAUACCUCUUCUUCUACAGAAUCCUCAAGAUGGUUUUAGCCGACUGAAACGCUGGAUUAUGAUUGGUGAUCAUCACCAGUUACCUCCAGUCAUUAAGAAUAUGGCCUUUCAGAAGUAUUCAAAUAUGGAGCAGUCUCUGUUCACUCGCUUUGUCCGUGUUGGAGUUCCUACUGUGGACCUUGAUGCUCAAGGGCGAGCCAGAGCAAGCUUGUGUAACCUCUACAACUGGCGAUACAAGAAUCUGGGAAACUUACCCCACGUACAGCUCUUGCCGGAGUUCAGUACAGCAAAUGCCGGCUUGCUUUAUGACUUCCAGCUCAUCAAUGUGGAAGAUUUUCAAGGAGUGGGAGAGUCUGAACCUAAUCCUUAUUUUUAUCAGAAUCUUGGAGAAGCAGAAUAUGUAGUGGCACUUUUUAUGUACAUGUGUUUACUUGGUUACCCUGCUGACAAGAUCAGUAUUCUAACAACAUAUAAUGGGCAAAAGCAUCUUAUUCGUGACAUCAUCAAUAGACGAUGUGGAAGCAAUCCAUUGAUUGGAAGACCAAAUAAGGUGACAACUGUUGACAGAUUUCAAGGUCAACAGAAUGAUUAUAUUCUUCUUUCUCUAGUACGAACCAGGGCAGUGGGCCAUCUGAGGGAUGUCCGUCGCUUGGUGGUGGCCAUGUCUAGAGCCAGACUUGGACUGUAUAUCUUCGCAAGAGUAUCCCUCUUCCAAAACUGUUUUGAGCUAACACCAGCUUUUAGCCAGCUCACUGCCCGUCCACUUCAUUUGCAUAUAAUUCCAACAGAACCUUUCCCAACCAGUAGAAAGAAUGGAGAGAGGCCAUCUCAUGAAGUACAGAUAAUAAAGAAUAUGCCCCAGAUGGCAAACUUUGUAUAUAACAUGUACAUGCAUUUGAUACAGACCACACAUCAUUAUCAUCAGACUUUAUUACAGCUACCACCUGCUAUGGUUGAAGAAGCUGAGGAAGUUCAAAGUCAGGAAACAGAACUAGAAAUAGAAGAAGAGGCCAAUCCUCCCCAGGCUGAUCUGUCCAGUCUCACAGAUGCCAGCUCCAGUCAAGAAUCCUCAGCCUCUCAGACUGAGACCACCCCCGAUCACACAGGAGCUAGUUCCAAUCCAGAAGCUGUCCCUCCUGUGUCUGAUACCACUGUUUCUAUGGCAGGACCUGCAGCUGUACCAGCAGAGGCUAACGCCCCCCAGCAUGUCACACCUGCCUCAGAAGAGACCAAGUAGCCCAACUGUAGCCUUUCUUAGGGAGGACAUUUCAUUCAUAAAGUCUAAGUAAAGCUGCUUUUUGUAUUUUAUAUUUGCUUCUGCUAUUUUAAGGGUACUAAUUAAUGUUAAGUCCUUAUUUUUGUUAAUUGAUCUCCGUGCUUGUCUUCUUGGAUAUGUUUAAAAGAAAAUUGUAUGUGUAUGAGCAACUUCAGUUUCAUUUCUUCAGUCAGAAGGGCAAAUAGCCAUUCCUUUGAUAUCUUUAUAAUUAACCAAAUAUAUCUUAUUCAUACCUACAUUAAAAGAAUUUGCUAUAGAAUAUAUAAGACAUACUUUACAUUUUCAGUGAACUUCUCUAAAGAAGGGGAUCAAAUACACUGAAAUCAACCAUAAGCACCCUUAAGUAAGUGUUCAAAUUGGGGAGGAAGUUGUUUCUUCUGUUACAGUAUCAGAUACUCAAAUUGUGAUUCCUUUUUUCUUACCUUUCUUGGCUGUCUUCCUUGAUGUAAAGGCAUUAACAGCCAUAGAUAGGUCUAGAUUUCUCUGAUCAAAGAGGCUACAUGUAUUUCCUGCCCCAAAGUCUCAUAAUGUAUUGGAACCACCUAGAGUGUCUGUUCAUUCUUGGGGCCACUCUUGACCUGAUAAAUCUGAAUCUCAGGGUUAGGACUGGGUAUUUGUAUUUUAGCAAGUGUUCCUAAUGUUUGAGUUGCUGGCAGAGUGGCAUCAAAUCAAGCUGGUAAGGCUGAGCCAGGGUAUGUCAUUCAGCUGAGCAAGAAGAUCUGGCAAAUCCGUCUGGGCAGGAAGAAAGAUCCAGAGUCUGGGCAGUGAAAGUCAGUGAACCCAAUUCCCCUAUAUAGGAUAGAAUUCUCACAAUGCAGAGGUUCUGAAUCUUCUGCCCUGUUUAGUUUUCUUGGUAGAUAACCAGCCACAAGGAGACCUUAAGGUAAAAUGUGCUCUAGAUUUGGGAGGGCAGAGUAGGACCUUGCUACUCAAGUGUGAUUUGCAAACUAGAAGUAUCAGCAUCCACUGAACCUUGUUAAAAUUGCAGCAGUGUGGACUCUACCCCAGAUCUAUUAAAUGUGAAUCAGCAUUUCAGCAAAGUGUCCAGGGGACUUAUAUGCGCUUUGUAGUUUGCGAAGCAUUGUUCUGAGGUUACUAUACUGUCCUCAAUGUGAAUGAAAGGUAGAGUAGAUUCUGUGAUGGUAAAAUUAAUAGUGUGACUGAUGUUUUCUGACAUGGGACCUCUGCUUAUGAAGUUUCCUGGGCGUGGUGGCCAGAAGAGAGAUGAAUAAGGUAGGGAGAACUUGCCCACUACUUCUCUUCCCCAUUUAGAUGUCUGCUAGAGUGGCUAAUGCGGAGCAUUUCCCCCAAAGUAUCCCCUCUCGUGCAUCUACCUAAAGGUUUGACCAUGUAUAAAGAACCUUUGAGGAAAUAGGCAAGAACUGCACACUGCCACUGAAAUGCUUCUAAUCCUGACAUAUUGAAGGAAUGGACUCUUAUAAAGAAAUUAAACCAAGAAAGUCAAGUUAAUGAUUUUUUGACUGACUAGUGUUUGCUCACCUUUCCCAGGCUGUGGUGGAGAUGAGUCAGACUCUCCUACUACACGGUGUCUUCCUUCAUCAGAACACAAGAAAAGGAAAGGGAAGGGAUGAUGAGGGGAAGGAAACGCCAAGGAAACUAUACUGGAAAGUCUUUAUCUAUUUGUUAUCAGAGUAAGGAAUGAGCCAGAUAGUCUGUUACAUAAUUUCUCUGAUUAUAGGAAUUUGGAAGCAGGUGUUUUGGGCAUCUGUAUGAGGAAUAGGACUCACAGAAUUACUUUCAUCUGUGAAUAUCUAGUAUCGGGCUAAGCAAGAGAGAAAGAAGCUUUACUGUAUUACUGUGUGUCGUGGAAAAGAUUGAUGUUUCUCUCUACCUGUUAGAGGAUAUGAAUCAUGAUACCUGCAACCAGAAUAAGCAAACUGUUGGGCUGCUUUCUCAUGAAGUAAACCAUUUUGCAAACACUAUA